AUGACAGAUCAAGAGGAGCAGUUGUCUGAUGAGGAGAAGGUGCGUACAGCAGCAAAAUUCAUCAUUCAUGCCCCUCCUAGAGAAUUUAAUGAGGUGUUUAAUAAUGUUCGGUUACUGUUUAACAAUGAUAAUCUUCUCAGGGAAGAAGCAGCCCAUGGAUUUGCACAGUAUAACUUGGACCAGUUUACUCCAGUAAAAAUCGAGGGUUAUGAAGAUCAGGUAUUGAUAACAGAGCAUGGCAACUUGGGAAAUGCAAAGUUUUUAGAUCCCAAAAACAGAAUCUGUUUCAAAUUUGAUCACUUAAGAAAGGAAGCAACUGAUCCAAGACCCUAUGAAGCAGAAAAUGCAAUUCAAUCAUGGAGAACUUCCGUAGAAACUGCUCUGCGAGCUUAUGUAAAAGAACAUUACCCAAAUGGAGUCUGUACUGUAUAUAGGAAAAAAAUAGAUGGACAACAAACUAUUAUUGCAUGCAUAGAAAGCCAUCAGUUCCAAGCAAAAAACUUCUGGGAUGGUUGCUGGAGGUCAGAGUGGAAGUUUACAAUCACUCCUUCCACCACUCAAGUGGUUGGCAUCUUGAAAAUUCAGGUUCAUUAUUAUGAAGAUGGUAAUGCUCAGCUAGUGAGUCAUAAAGAUAUAGAAGAUUCCUUAACAGUGUCUAAUGAGGUACAAACAGCAAAAGAAUUUAUAAAGAUCGUAGAAGCUGCAGAAAAUGAAUACCAGACUGCCAUCAGUGAGAAUUAUCAGACAAUGUCAGACACUACUUUCAAAGCCUUACAUCAACAGUUGCCAGUUACACGCACCAAGAUUGAUUGGAACAAGAUCCUUAGCUACAAGAUUGGCAAAGAGAUGCAAAAUGCAUAAGAUGAACACUGCAUGACUGGAUCAUUUUAGUGUCUUUGCGUUAAAAAAAAUUAUUGCAAAAGUAUUCAGAACUGUCAAGCUGCUCAGUCAAAU